AUGCCGGGGGGAAAGGCGAGGUGGGGCGGCUUCAUGCUGUGGUGCCUUGUGGUGGGGAGUCACUUCCCCAGAGCAUCUGGGCUGCACCGUUGGUACCUCUGGAAAAAUUGCUAUCCGUGCUACGGUGGUCGAGCUGCACACGGCGGGGGCCACUCUGAAUUAAGGCCAGAUGUUGAUGAAUGCCAAGCUCACAAUGGAGGCUGCCAGCAGAGAUGCGUGAACACCCCGGGGAGCUAUUACUGCGAAUGCAAGCCAAGAUUUCGUCUGCACACUGACGGCAGGACGUGCCUCCCUGGAAACCCCUGUGCCAUCAACAACGGGGGAUGUGAACACGAUUGCGUGCAGCUCAGCUUCUCGCAGCACCGAUGCCAAUGCCGGCUGAAUUACCAGUUGAAAGAGGAUGGGAAACAUUGUGUGGUGAGAAACCCAUGCGCCACUCAGAACGGUGCUUGCAUGCACAAAUGCCGGAAUCAUCACGGGGUGGCGCAUUGCGAAUGCCACCCUGGCUACCGACUGGGGCCGGACCGCAAAACCUGCCAAGAUAUUGACGAAUGCGCGACGGGCGUGGCAGCAUGCGCACACACGUGUCUGAAUGCUCGGGGCUCCUAUAAAUGCGUGUGCCACUUUGGCUACGAACUCGGGGCAGAGGGCAAGCAGUGUUACCGAAUAGAAAUGGAAAUUGUGAAUAGCUGUGAAACCAGCAACGGGGGCUGUUCCCACCUGUGUCAUCACACCAGCUCCGGUCCGGCCUGCGGCUGCAAUUUCGGAUACCGCCUGGAUGAAGACGAAAAGACUUGCAUUGAUGUCGAUGAAUGCAGCGCUGGGUCUCACUGCUGCCAACAAGGUUGUUACAACUAUCCGGGGGGUUACGAGUGUGUUUGCUACGCUGGCUACAAGCUCAACCCUGCGGGCUGCGGCUGCGAUGAUCUGGACGAGUGCUCCGCAAAUAACGGUGGCUGCGAACAUUUUUGCCAAAACCUGGUUGGUUCGUUCCUCUGCAGCUGCCGGAUCGGGCUCAAACUAGAUGAAGAUCGCAGAAGCUGCCUUUCCCUUGAGGAUCCCGUGGAGGCCUCGGACAUCCGGCGCCCCGUCGUCCGUCCGCUCCCCCACGUGGCUGUUUUCCAGGAUGAGCUCCCCCAACUUUUUGAUGAUGAAUACGACGAAGAGGGGGAAGAGGUGGAGGCAAGAGGAGAACACACGCUCUCUGAGAAAUUCAUCUGCCUGGACGACACAUUUGGCCCCGACUGCAGCCUGCUGUGCGAAGAAUGCCAGAACGGAGGCCGGUGCAACCAAGACGGGACCGGCUGCAUCUGCACGGACGGAUGGGCCGGGGUCCUGUGCAAUGAAACCUGCCAAAAAGGGACGUUUGGGAAGAACUGCAGCCAGCUUUGUCCCUGCCAAAACGGAGGCAGCUGCGAUCCGGUGACGGGAGCCUGCCACUGUCCGCCCGGUGCCAGCGGGGACCUGUGUGAAGAUGUCUGCCCAAAAGGAUUUUUUGGAAAGCACUGCCGGAAGAAAUGCCAUUGUGCCAACAGGGGACGCUGCCACCGGGUUUUCGGCACCUGCCUCUGCGAUCCAGGACUCUAUGGGCGCUUCUGCCACCUAGCUUGCCCGAAGUGGGCGUACGGGGUCGGUUGCUCUGGGGAGUGCCAGUGCGUGCAAGUCAACACACAACACUGUGACAAGCGAGACGGCAGCUGCGUGUGCAAGCCAGGCUACCACGGGGAAAGAUGCCAAGCGACGUGCCCUGAAGGGAAAUUUGGAGUAAAUUGCCUUCACUCCUGUUCCUGUAAUGGUUCAUCUUGCAGUCGGUUCACUGGGGAAUGCCACUGUGUAGCUGGGAAGACUGGAAGGUCACAUUGUCCUGAAGGCCACUGGGGAGAUGGCUGCCAGCAACUUUGUCCAGAAUGCCAGAAUAAUGCCCAUUGUGAUCCCACCACUGGUGCUUGCUUAUGCCCCCCUGGAUACACAGGGAGCCGUUGUGAAGAGAUCUGCCCACCUGGCUGGUUUGGGCAAGGAUGCCAACUUCAGUGUAACUGUGACAACGGAGGGGACUGUGACCCCGAAAUGGGGAAGUGUAGCUGCGCCCCUGGGUGGACUGGCUAUCGGUGCCAAAGAGCCUGUGACCCGGGCCGCUGGGGUCCCGACUGUGCCCACGCUUGUGACUGUUCUGGGGAUGAUGGCGUCUGCAGCGCCACAACCGGGCAGUGCCUCUGCGAAGCCGGCUACGUCGGCGUGCGCUGCGACCAGAAGUGUCCCGAAGGCUGGUUUGGCCCCAGCUGCCACCAGCGAUGCCAGUGUGACCACCACGGAGCCUGUGACCACGUCAGCGGCGUCUGUACUUGCACUCCAGGCUGGAGAGGAACAUUUUGUGAGCGGACUUGUCCCAAUGGCUUUUACGGCAUGGAGUGCCGGCAUGCCUGUCGCUGCCUCAACGGGGCCCGCUGCGAUCCUGUGACGGGCCACUGCCGCUGUGCCGCAGGCUGGAUCGGGCCGCGCUGCAACCAGACUUGUCCAGCUCACCACUAUGGCGAGAACUGCAGCCAGGAGUGUCACUGUGCGAACGGAGCCUCGUGCCACCCCGCCACAGGGCAAUGCCUCUGUGCACCGGGAUGGGUGGGCACCACCUGCCAGCAAGGAUGUCCGCCGGGAUUCUACGGACUUGCCUGCCAGCAAGAGUGUCUCUGUCAGAACGGCGGGACCUGCGAUCUGGUUUUGGGCCGCUGCACGUGUCCGGAAGGGUGGGUCGGAUUGGCUUGCGAGCUGGUGUGUCCAAGGAAAAUACGGUCCAGGUUGCCAAAAAGCUGCGACUGUGUAAAUGGAGGCCAGUGUGACUGGCAGAGUGGACAUUGCCUUUGCCGUGAUGGCUGGACUGGUGAGAAGUGUGAGAGUGCCUGCCCCGAAGGCACGCAUGGGAAAGGGUGUGAGAAAACGUGUGACUGUGAAGACGGGGUCUCCUGCAAUCACAUCACAGGGGCGUGUGACUGCCCCCCAGGAUGGCGAGGGUCCCGUUGUGAGAAAGCCUGCCUGCCCGGUUCGUUUGGGAAGGACUGUGCCACGAAGUGCGACUGUCGCCAAGGGUCUGCUUGCAACCACAUCACCGGCCAGUGUGGCUGCCCCCCCGGCUUCAUGGGCCAUGGAUGUGAACGGCCCUGCACCCCUGGCACCUUCGGCCUCGACUGCGCUCGCAUUUGCCAGUGCGCUGGUGUGAACCAGGACUGCCACCCGGUGUCUGGGAAAUGCCUGUGCGCCCCGGGAUACCAUGGCAGCGGCUGUCAGCAGAAAUGCCCGCCGGGGCGCUACGGGCCGAAUUGCGAGAGGAGGUGUGGGUGCAAGAAUGGGGGACAGUGUAUGACCACGACAGGGGCGUGCCAGUGUCCAGCUGGAUAUAUCGGGGCUGACUGUGGCAUAGCUUGUCCAAGGGGACGCUAUGGCACCGACUGUGCCCUCCCGUGUGCCUGCGGCGAAAACGCCACCUGUCACCCCGUGUCUGGUUCCUGCCUUUGCCCACCGGGCAAAACCGGUCCCAGAUGUGAAAAUGGUUGCCCCCCAAAUCAUUACGGCGCCAACUGCAGUCAGACCUGUGCAUGCCAAAAUGGAGGAAUCUGCCUCCCAGAAGACGGAUCCUGUCUCUGCAGGCUCGGCUGGACCGGGGUCUUUUGUGAAAUAGGUAUUUCUCCUGCCUGCAAGACAAAUCCUGGGACUUUCUGGCUUGCGUGGCUGCAGAUCCUCCAGUUUCCUGGAGUUCCGCUGGACAAUCCACUUCCUUGCUCCGUUCGUAGGCUAGGAAAUCUAACCAUAGGCUGCCCCAGGCUACUGGAUAAGGACUUUCAGGCUCACCCUAAGGUGCAGGAUUUGGCACGAUUCGAUAACGUGGCACUCACACGAUGCCCCCCAGGGAAAUAUGGGGCCAACUGUCAGCUGAACUGCACUUGCCAAAACAAGGGGACCUGCAAUCCGGUCACGGGGGCCUGCCGGUGUGGGAAAGGCCAUUACGGGAACUGGUGCGAGCAUGCUGCUUCCGAUUCUCGCACAGGCUCUGGAUGCGACUCCCGGCCGGCCUCCUCCAGUCUCCCUGUCCUGCUGGAUUCCACGGAGUUGGAUGCCAAGAACAAUGUAACUGCCAAAAUGGAGCAUCGUGCAAUCCGGGAUCCGGGGAAUGUCUUUGUCCUCCAGGGUUUCACGGCCACCACUGCGAAAAAGCCUCGGGGCCGAAGUCGUGGCGAUGGCUUUUGUGCAGACGGCAGGAUACAAAUAUUCCUAAUACGAGUGAUAACAAUGAAAAUUGCAUGGGACAGGAUUCAGAAAAAUGACAGAGGUUUCUUGGUUACAGGCUGCGUUGCGGGGAGAUAUGGAGAGAGCUGCCAACACAGGUGUGAUUGUGAAGGCAAAGCCCCUUGUGAGCCCUCUACUGGCCGCUGUCUCUGCCCUCCGGGGAAAACAGGAUCUAGGUGUGAUGUGGACUGCCAGCUCAGAAAAUUUGGCCCAGAUUGUUCCCAGACCUGCAAAUGUUCCACAAUCAACGCCUUCUGCAAUGCCCAGAACGGACGAUGCAUGUGUCUUCAUGGAUACAUAGGAACGACAUGUCGAGAAGGAGGCCCACCUCAACUGGCAGUCAAUGCAAGGCAAGAAGCUGGGCACAGUUUAGCGAAACACUAGGCAGCUAUACAUUUCCUCCGAAGAAGUUUACAAGGACAAUAUAAAAUGCAGAGCUCAGCCGACAUCUGAGAUUUGCCCGAUUCUGGUAUUUAUCAAAAAUGGAGCCUUCCGCAAAUAGGGUUUGGAGAAAACAGCCACGAGAAUUUUGUGUGGUCUUUAAGAUGCGCAAGAUUUCGGUGCACUGGGAAAGUUUAGGCCAGUUUGAAAGUUUAAGCUAUUCUCAAUUGUCUGGAAGUUGCCUGUGCUGUUUUUCCUGAAAAAGAUUUAAGGUGCGGGGGGGGGAUAUUUUCUCCAAGAAUUCAGGCCCGAGAGAUCCAAAAACACACCCCAAGAAGUAACAGGCUAAACGGAUCAGCUUCUCUAGCAAUGGGGAAAUCUGUAACUUGGAAGAUGUUUGGAGAUCCUGCGCUUAGCAGGGGGUGGACUAGAUGACCUCUGGGGUACAUUACAAUGGUGUGAUUC